AUGGCUGUUGCCAAGAGCAACAGCAGUCAUGAACCUUGUACAGCAUACAAUUGUUACAAAGUAGCAGGCUUGAGUGAGACCAUAUUAGACACAAGUCAAGUCUCUAAUUUAAAAGAUCGGUACGUCCUCGGCGAGCAAUUGGGUUGGGGGCAGUUUGGUGUCAUAAGGGCAUGUUCUGACAAGUUAACAGGAGAGGUUUUGGCCUGCAAAUCAAUUGCUAAAGAUAGGUUGGUUACUUCGGAUGAUUUAAGGAGUGUCAAACUUGAGAUAGAGAUAAUGGCUAGGCUGUCUGGGCAUCCCAAUGUUGUGGAUCUCAAAGCUGUUUAUGAAGAGGAAGGUUUUGUUCACUUGGUGAUGGAGCUAUGUGCUGGAGGAGAGCUUUUUCACCGAUUAGAGAAGCACGGAUGGUUUUCAGAAUCAGAAGCCAGGGUUCUCUUUAGGCACCUUAUGCAGGUGGUUUUGUAUUGUCAUGAAAACGGGGUUGUUCAUAGAGAUUUGAAGCCCGAGAACAUUCUCUUAGCAACAAGAUCCUCUUCAUCUCCUAUUAAAUUGGCAGAUUUUGGACUAGCAACCUACAUCAAGCCUGGUCAAAGUUUGCACGGUUUAGUUGGGAGUCCAUUCUACAUAGCCCCAGAGGUAUUAGCUGGUGCAUAUAACCAGGCUGCUGAUGUGUGGAGUGCAGGUGUAAUUCUUUACAUUCUGUUGAGUGGGACGCCUCCGUUUUGGGGGAAGACUAAAUCACGGAUUUUUGAGGCUGUCAAAGCUGCUUCCCUGAAGUUUCCAUCGGAACCUUGGGAUCGAAUUUCUGAAUCAGCUAAGGAUUUGAUCAGGGGAAUGCUUUGCACAGACCCUUCUCGUAGACUCACUGCCCUAGAGGUUUUAGAUCAUUGUUGGAUGGAAAGCAACCAAACAAAUCCAGAACAACUACGUGAAAAUCAAAUCGAAAGUUGCCAAGAAUGGGAUGUUGGUGGCAGCUCAUUCUCUGCUUCUUUCAUGCCCAGGAAUCAGGACAUCAGCUUUGGCGCCACCGGCUCACCUACUUGUGAUGCUCAAUCACCUACUUUCACAUGCAGAUCGUCGUUUUCUUCUUUUCUGGAAGAAUCAGUUUCACCAUGUCUACUCUCUGGUGGCUUUUCAUUCAAGAGUGUAGGUGAUUCCUCUGGUUUGGAAUUCUCUUCUCCCAUUCCCUCGAUGCUUAGCUUUUCAUUCCUCAGCCCCUCUCCCGUUGUUGAACACAAGAGUUGUAAAUUAGAGUGUCCAGCUAACAUAUCAGGUGUAAAUGCAAUUACUGGAGAAUCUAACAUGGGAAAGAUACUUUUACUUCAAGAUUCUCAACUUUGCAUUGAACAUAAUAUUAAAGAAACGAAUCGCAAGACUGUAGACGCUAAAAGGUCAAGUGGAAUGAAUGGACACAAGGUACUGGGAAUCCACAGUAAGAGAAACAGGACAAUUGGACUUGGUGAGUGUGAGCAACUUGACCUUGUGGUGACUGAAUCAGUCAUCCGGUGGUCAUCAUGCACUCAAGUACCUACAUCUUUGAGAUCAUCUCUUGUUUGCUAA